AUGGCAAUAGAAAAGAAUAGAAUAGAAAUAGCAAAACUUAUAAUUUCCCAUGGUGUAGAACUUAAUGCCAGACUUAAUGAUAAGGGACAAAGCGCUCUUCACUAUUCCGCAUCAUUAAACAGAAAGGAAAUUAUACAAGCUCUGCUUUCCAAAGGUGCUUAUGUAUUCAUCCAAGACAACUAUGGUCGUACUCCACUGCAUUGUGCAGCACUAGAAGGUAGCACAGAAGCAGCGAAAAUUCUUAUUUCAUAUGGAGCAAAUGUCAAUACCCAAGAUGAUUAUGGUAGAACUCCUCUUCAUUGUGCAUGGAAAAUAAAUAUGGCUUUAAUAUUUGUUUUAACAUCACAUGGAGCAAGUAUCAAAGCAAAAGAUAAAUAUGUAUUUACACCAAUAGAUAUAAUUAUGGAAAUGAAUGGAUUAUUUAAAUUACUAUUUUUAUUAUGGAAAUAUGCUCCUUGGUACUUAAAACUAUUCAUUAUUUCAAUUAUAAUGAUUUUGUGGCAGAAAUGGAAGUAA